AUCUUCUUCGCCCUCCUCUGCAUUGAUGAGGAGUUGAAGUCUCUGGAGACGGACCGUUCUCCCCACAAAGAACCAGCUAGCCACUCCAACUCCAAUCUCAAGCAGAGACGAAACGCCAGUGCCGCCACACACAGUAUUCUGUAGGUGACGUGCAUCCGUAUCUGGGUGUUCACCGAAUCCCAACCACCUCCGACGAUUUGGUGGAUUAUCACAGCUCCUUUGGCUGCAACGUACAGGAUGCUGACCCCGGCGGCUACAAAUACGCCUGUCCUGCAGAGCCGGGAGUAACGGAGCGCAGAACUCCGCUUCGCUCGGCUGCGAGACGUCGUUGCUUGCAGGCUGUAGCGCUCGAGGAAAUAGAGGCAGGUAGCGAGGACGAACCCGCGGGCCACAGCUAGAACGGCCAGGUCGAACGUGGAGUGGGAGAAGGAGAAGUCGUCGACGCUAUGUCGGAGGUAUGCGCCGUUCCCGCCGCCCAGCCAGAGACCCAGACAUAUGAGGGGGUCCAGGGCGACAAGGAAGAUGACUACAUUGGUGAACCUGGCCCAAGAAAGGCUCCGCAUCCUGCUCCUCGACUGCGACUGAGAAGAGGGUUCCAUUCCUCUUCCUCGUUCGUUUGCCAGAUGAUGAAUAGCUCACUGUUAUACACGCAGCUAAGCCUCUGGCUGGCACAUGGGGGUAACGCCCCCACAAAAGUUCCUCCGGCCCCCCCACUAAGGAUCGUACCACGCAUGCGCAUUUAUUCCCUUAGCCCGAAGAGCACAUGGCGCCGAAGGAGAAGACGGUGAAGAAGACGAAGUCAAGCAAGCCCGUCUCGACGGCCAAGGCCACCAAGGCCACCAAGGCCAAGGCGGACGCGCUGAAGGCCAAAAAAGCGGUCCUGAAGGGAGUCCACACGAAGCUCCGGACGAAAGUACGGACGACCGUCCACUUCCACAGGCCCAAGACCCUCAAGCGCAUGCGGCGGCCCAAGUACCCGCGCAAGAGCAUCCCCAGCCGGCCGAAGCUGGACCAGUACAGCAUCAUCAAGCACCCGCUGACCACGGAGAGCGCCAUGAAGAAGAUAGAAGACAACAACACGCUCGUGUUCAUCGUGGACCUCCGUGCCAACAAGCCCCAGAUAAAGCAGGCCGUGAAGAAGCUCUACAACAUUGAUGUGGCCAAAGUCAACACACUCGUUAGACCUGACUGCAAGAAGAAGGCCUAUGUAAGAUUGGCUCCAGACUUUGAUGCUCUAGAUGUUGCCAACAAAAUUGGUAUAAUAUAAACUGGAAUUUUAUCGCUGUACAGUUGUGCAUUGUCUUGUAAAAUUAUAUAAUAUUGCGAUGUUGUGCUUAAAAAACACCGACACGUGUAUAAUUACAGUUACCCUAAAGGCACGAAUGACAGAUGGUGCAUGUGCACACACAAGUCUCAUAGAAUUCAUCGUUAAGAGUCAUCGCGAUUCGCGACUGCAGUUAUAAGUUAUCACUCUUGAGGUCCUGGGAGUUGUCACUGCUACUGGAGGUUGAGGAGUAGUUGACUGGCUUCUUGGAUAAUGUGCGAAGGCUCACAAUGGUCCGUGCCUCCGGUGGAUUGUUGAUGAUUUCGUAUUCUUUGUCGCUGUCCAUAUCCACAACUUGCUGGUACUUGUUCUCCUUGUAGUAGUUUCUCUUCUUCAGGAUGUAGAGCACAACCACGUCACUUAUCACCACCGCCUAGAUGUAGGGG